ACACACCCACAGCUCCACAUCCCAAUUUCCCAAACCAAAGCCUCCUCCUCCACCUCCUCCUUUCUCACUCUCUUUUCGUCUGAAUCAAUUAAAAACCAAAACAACAUGACCAGCUUCACCAACUUCUACGAGUCCUGGUUUGACCACCUUCAACACCUUCUACACCAACUCUCCUCUGCUCCAAGACCCCCUACUGAACCCCAACACCACCUCGACCUCCUCAACCUCGUCCAUAAAGUCAUGAACCACUAUUCCGAAUACUACACCGUCAAGUCCUUAGCCGCCGAUGGUGAUCCUCUCUCCGUAUUUUCCGCUCCGUGGGCCACCACCCUCGAACGCUCGCUCCACUGGAUCGCCGGUUGGCGUCCCACAACCGCUUUCCACCUCGUUUACUCCGAAUCCUCAAUCCUCUUCGAGUCCCGCAUAGUCGACAUCCUUCGCGGACUCCGCACUGGUGAUCUCGGCGAUCUCUCUCCUAAUCAGUUUCGCCGUGUUAGUGAAUUGCAAUGCGAAACGGUGAAGGAAGAGAAUGCUAUAACCGAUGAGCUGUCGGAGUGGCAGGACAGUGCGAGCGAGCUGGUGAAUGGGUUUACGGAUCUCAACGAGAAGAUCAGACGGCUGGCAGAUAUUCUGAGAAAAGCCGAUGAUCUACGGCUGAGGACGGUGAGGAGAGUGGUGGAGAUGUUGACCGCACAGCAAGCCGUGGAGUUCUUGAUUGCCGCCGCCGAGUUGCAGUUUGGGAUCCGCGGUUGGGGACUCAAUCACGACCGUCUACGUGGCAAUGCCUGAAAAAUCGACGGCGAUCGAGAAUAUCUUAGCUAUAGCGGUGAUUUAGAUUUUAGCAUUUUGUGGUGGAUUUUUUCGUUCUUUUUUUUUUUUUUUUUUUUUGGGUUAUUGGUUCUGGGUGUGUUAGAAUGAUCGCCACCGUCGGACUGCUUUGUAAGGGUCUGAUAGUGUCCUAUUUUCGCUAAUUUUUCGAUUUUUUAGGUAGAACAUGCUUGCACUUGUACGUUUUGUCGGUCGAAUAGCCCUUUGAUUUGACCUAAUUAAUGUGUUUUAAAGGGCUUUUGUGCUUCGCGUUGAGCUUGUUGAGUCUUACAAUUAUAAGGGGGAUAAUGUCUGGUACAACUCAAUGCCAGCACCAAGCCGGCAUGGUGGAAUCAAUCUUUUUAAUUAUUAAGCUCAUUUUUACUUCUUC